UGAUGAUUUCAGUAAAAUAUAUAAAGUAAACAAUAAGGUUUAUAUUUAUUUAACAUAUACUUUAUCAAAAUUUAGUAGUUGAACUAAAUUAAAUCUUACACGCAGAACUCGUGAUGUUGUGACGUCGUUUUCAUUCAUCAUUUACGCUCUCAGAAUGUGGUUGCGCGCAACGAUACCUUGUAAAUCUCAUGGACCAUUAACGUUGAGUUUUCUCUCAGUCUUCUUACGGUUUUCUUGGCGUAUGGUGCGAUUGCGGUGCGUGAAUUUGGUUCUAAACGCCGACGCUAAAUUCAUAAAUACAUACAUAUGUUUAAUAAUUAAAUAAAUGAAAUGUAAAAAAUAAAUAUUUGUAUGUAUAGGCAACGCUCUGUUUACAAUCUGUGGGAGCCUUGAGCCUGAUUGAAAGUUUGUCUAUGUGUUGGUGUUAAGUGUAUUUGUUUGUGUGAACGUGUGUGUGUUCGCUCAUAUUUUGUUAUUCGCGCGGCAAAAAGGAGAAAAACCAAAAACAAGCAAAAGUAAACAGAGAAUAACGCGACUGCCACAAUUUGCGGCACAAAAAUGUUAAGCAUAUAAACAAAACACAAGAAAAUUUUAAGCAAUAACUGCUUUCCGGGUGUGCGUUCGUGUGCGUGUGUGUGCUCGUUUUGUUUUUGUCUUAUUUUUACACAGCAAAGCAAGAGAACAGCAACAACAACACAACAACAGGAGCAGCAGGCAGCGCAGCAGCGGCAAAAUGCCGGCGACAGCGAAUUUGUGUCUGUUGUUGUUGCUGUGCUUCGUUGUAGUCGUUAGCAGUAAAUCGAAGGAGCUGCAGUCACAUGAGCUCAGUAGCAGCGGCGUCGGCAAGAGCUCCUCCACAACAGUGAGAGCAACAACAACAACAGCAACAACAGUGUCAGCUACACCAACAACCACAACGCUGAGGCCCUUGACUGAGAAAGGUCCCUGUCCAGCCUCGUAUUUCACAUGCAACGAUGGCUUCUGCAUACCAAUGCGCUGGAAAUGCGAUUCCAAGCCAGACUGCACGGAUGGCUCUGAUGAGGGCAGUGAAUGUGGCAAGUCACCCAAAUGCAACGAGGGGCAAUUUCAAUGUGGCCAAAGCUUAAAAUGCAUACCGAUGGCAUGGCUCUGCGAUGGGGAAUACGAUUGCGACAAGGGUGACGUAUCCGAUGAGACCAACUGUCACGAUGUCAUUGCGCCCAAGUGUCGAGCCUUUGAAGGCGAAUGCCACAAUGGCGCCUGCCUCGAGCUGUCAAAAUUCUGCGAUGGCCACUGGGAUUGUGAUAACGAUGAGCUGCAUUGUGAUAAGCAAAAUGCCGCUUGUGCUGCUCUCAACUGCAGCUACAAUUGCAAAUUGACGCCGCAGGGUGCUCGCUGCUAUUGUACGGCCGGACAAGUGCCGGAGUCCGUCAACUCAACACGUUGCAUGGACUACGAUGAGUGCACUGUGCCCGGCACAUGCGAUCAAUUGUGUCGCAAUACACCCGGCUCCUACGAGUGCAGUUGUGUCUCCGGCUAUACGAAGCAGGGCAAGCGUUGUCUGGCCAUAAACGUGCCCCCAUCGGAGCCUGCCUUACUGACUCUGCUGUCCGCUGGCGGCAUACGACGAAUCAGCACUCUACCGGGAAUCGGAGAGGUUCCAUUGACGUCCACACAGUCGUCACAAUUUGUGCUUGCCUUCGAGGUGUGGCAUCGGAAUCGCACACUCUGCACCCUCCAGAAGAUGUGGUCUGAGCUAACCAUGCAUUGCGAGCGCAUCGACGAACCCAAUGUCAAUUGGACACUGCCCGUCUCUGCCUUCAUUGCGCCCCAGCAAUUUUUCGUGGAGCUGCGCUUAGACUGGCUGUCGGGGAAUUGGUAUUUCCUGAAUGAGGACGAGGGCAUGGUAUAUCUGUGCACCAAUGCGGUAACCUUUUGCCGCCUCAUACUCCAUCAAGUGGAGCAUCCAUCGUCACUGGUCCUCGACCCCACCAAGGGAUAUCUCUUCUAUACGGAUUGGUCGCCAAGCCUGUCCCGUGCCCUGCUCGAUGGUAGCAAUCGGACAACACUCGUCAGCACACAGAUUUAUCAUCCUAGCAGCGUUACAUUGGACCUGGCCAGCGAGCAUGUCUAUUGGAUUGAUGUCUAUAAGGAUGUCAUUGAGCGGGUCAACUACGAUGGCCGACAACGGUGGGCAUUGAAAAAAUCCCCAAAUUCGCCAGUGCCAUUGAAGACCAUACAGGCAGUGGAGGUAUUCGAGAACACAAUUUAUUUGGCACCCUGGACGGACAGGACCAUCGUUGGACUGGACAAAUUUACGCUGAAGGCGCGCGUGCUGCUGGCGAAUGUGACGCGCGGCACAAAUUUUCGCAUUUUCCAUCGCCAGAAGCAGCCGGAGGUGGCGCAUCCGUGCCGGGAGAACAACGGCAAUUGCAACCAGAUUUGUGUGCCGCUUUGGACACGAGGAUUUGCGAGCGCCAAGUGCCUCUGCACGGCCGGCUAUAAAUUGCACAAUCAGACGACCUGUUUACUUUCCGCGCACGAUAAAUUCCUUGUGUACACCGACAAGCGUUUGGUUCGCAUCACGGGCGUACCGCUCGGCACCGAGCAGGUGCAGCAGCUGGAACAGCUUGGCGAGCAGCCCGACGUAAUGGUACCCAUUUACAACGUCUACGGCCCGAAGGCCAUCGAUGUAAAUGUGCGUGGCAAAUCCAUUCUGUACGUCAUACCCGACCACGAGGCAUCACCUCUCAGCUCCGACGAGCCCGUCUACACCAUCAAGAGCCAGUCCCUCAAUGGCAGCGUUUCGCGAACACUCUCAACUGGCUGGCGGCAGGUGCAUGCCAUUGCCUACGAUUGGAUUAACGAGCACUUGUACUGGACGGGUUAUCGGAAGCUUUCCGUUGCUCCGCUGCGUAAUAUGAGCAAAGUCCUUACCUUCACGCUGGAUUGCGAUGCCAUGUCACUCAAGGUAGAUCCCACUACUGGUCUGCUCUACUGGUCACAAUGGGCAUUUCAAUCCUGCGAAGCGGGCAUCUACAGUGCCUGGAUGGAUGGCACACACAAAGAGCUGCUGGCAAAGGCAUCUGAGGAGAUGCCGAUGCUCUGGCCGCGUUCGCUGGAUGUGGACCGACGCACCAAGCGCGUCUAUUGGUGUGAUUUUAAGCUGGGCACCAUUGAGCGCAUGAAACUGGAUGGCACUGGGCGGGAAAUCCUCUUCAAAUCGCAUCAAUUCCAUCCAUAUGCCAUGGUGCACAACAAUGGCAUAGUCUACUGGGUGGAUAACAUAAAUUCAACGAUUUGGCGAUUCCAUGUGCAUCAUACGAAUCUGACGAAUACCUUCAGCUCGACAGUGCAUCUGCAGCCCAAUGGCAAUGCAGUCGAUUUGCGUAUCUUUGAUGUGGCCACACAACCUCUGCCGCAAACUCCCAGCGAGUGUGCCCUGUCCAAGUGCCCGGGCAUGUGUCUCAACUCACCCAAAGGCGCCAUUUGCCGCUGUCCAGAUCGCUAUACCCUCAACGGCACCGGCACCCAUUGCAUACCACAACUGACGCCUUCAACGGCCACGUCAUCAACGGCUCGUUCGAACUGCACCUCAGGUCAUGAGUGUCGCAGCACACGUCAGUGUAUUGAUGGCAAGGAUCUGUGUGAUGGCUUCGAUGACUGUGAGGAUGGCAGCGACGAGAGCAGCGAUGCCUUGGGUCCCUGCAAUCCACGCACCUGUGAUAAGAAACUGCACUUUGUGUGCAACGAACGCUGCUAUCAGCGUGCUCUGCUCUGCAGCUCCAUUAGCUACUGCCGGGAUGGAUCCGAUCAGCUCAACUGUGAGCACAACACGUGCAAUAGCAAUGAAUUUACCUGCGAGAAGAGUGGACGCUGCAUUCAACUCACUUGGGUCAAUGAUGGCGUCGUCGAUUGUGGACCCGACGAUGUCUCCGAUGAAUCAUCCGAUCUAGACUUCGACAAGUGCCCCGAGUUUGAUUGUGGCAACGGACGUUGUCGGCAAUUUGCCGAUACUUGUGAUGGACUCGACAAUUGCGGGAACAAUGCAGAUGAGUUUGCCUGCGAACAUGAAUGCGGAGCUGGAGAGCGUUAUUGUCGACCAAUUGGUUGCUACGGUGAUCUGCACAUGUGCGAUGGCAUCAAUGAUUGCGAGGAUGCCGCCGACGAGGCCAACUGCAAUCAAACGAAGAGCGAUAAUCAUCCCGUCACUGGCUGGAAGGAGCUAAAUGAAUGUGCUAGCCUAGAGUUCGCAUGCUCGGAUCCCUUUGAGUGCAUUCCCGAGUAUCUGCGGUGCGAUGGCAUCAAUCACUGCUUUGACAAGUCGGAUGAGGUCAACUGCACGCAGUUGCAUGCCACCAAGUUCGAUCUCAACGAGACUGUCUUCUGUGAGCAUCCGGAUCGUCUGUGUGGCUUUAGCAACAAAUGCAUUACGGUCAAUCAACUCUGCGACGGCCACAACGAUUGUGAGGACACCACGGACGAGGGUUUCCUGUGUGCCGACAAGCUAUGCGAACAGAAUCACGACUGCUCGCAUUAUUGUCACAAUACGCCCGAGGGUUAUAUUUGCUCGUGUCCUGCUCAUAUGUUUCUGAAACCGAAUGGCAAGCGUUGCAGCAUGUUGCAUGCCUGUGACCACUGGGAUACGUGCUCUCAGAUCUGUGAAACCAAUGGUAAAUCUUAUGGCUGCCAAUGCCUCGAGGGCUUCGACCUGGCCUACGAUAAGUUCACGUGUAAGAGCACAGCACCCGAUGAGCCUUAUAUUAUAUUCACGAAUCGACAGGAGAUUCGUGGCAUGAAUCUAAAGACUUUGAGUGCCAGCAGCUUUUACAGUUCGUUGCGUAACCUGAUUGCCUUGGACUUUUUGUACAACAACGAGUCGAGCGUGGAGAUUUACUGGACGGACGUGAUUGAUGAUAAAAUCUAUCGCGGUCAAUUGGUGGGCGAAAGUUUGCGCAAUGUGGAGGCCGUUAUACACUCGGGUUUAUCGACAACAGAGGGUUUGGCAGUGGACUGGAUUGGCAAGAAUCUGUAUUGGAUUGACUCGAAUCUGGAUCAAAUCGAGGUGGCCAAGCUAAAUGGUAGCUUUAGGCGCACCCUAAUUGCCGGCAACAUGGAGAGUCCUCGGGCCAUUGCCUUGGAUCCACGCGAGGGUUUGCUCUUCUGGACAGAUUGGGAUGACAAUUCGCCGCGCAUCGAACGCUGCAGCAUGGCCGGCGAGGGCAGACGCUUCAUUUCCACCAAUUGGCAGCUAAGUGCUGGCUGGCCCAAUGGCCUCACUUUGGACUACACACAAAAGCGUGUCUAUUGGGUGGACGCCAAAUCGGACUCGAUAAGCAGCACCAAAUACGAUGGCUCCGAGCAUCAUGUGGUGCUACGCAAUAAAGACAUACUCUCACAUCCCUUUGCCAUUUCCGUCUUUGAGAACUACGUUUACUGGACGGACUGGCGAACUACAUCUGUGAUACGUGCAAACAAAUGGAAUGGCAGCGAUGUUCAGGUGAUGCAACGCACUACGACUCAACCGUUUGGCAUUCAGGUGCUGCACUCGAGUCGCCAGCCCUGGAAUAGCAAUCCCUGUGGCGAUAACAACGGCGGUUGCUCCCAUCUCUGUCUUCUGAGCGGUCGAGGAACUUUCAAGUGUGAGUGUCCCCAUGUGAUGCGCUUGGAUCCCGCCGAUGAACGCAACUGUGUGCCCAACGAGCAGGUGCUGCUCUUUGUCAUUGGAGAUGAGAUACGCGGCAUUGACCUGCAGCAGCCCAAUCAUCAUACCAUUCCCACCAUCAGGCAAUCUCCUAAGCAUGUGGAACCGCAACGCAUAGAUUUCCUGGUGGAGGACAGUCACAUCUAUUGGUCGGACAUACAACAGAAUGAGAUUUGCCGCGCUGGCAUAUCGAGUGGCCUCAUUGAGCCCAUCAUCAAUACGAACAUUGAGAAGCCCUAUGGGUUUGCCAUCGAUUGGAUAGCCAAGCACAUGUACUUCUCCUCGGGCCAAACAGUUUGCACAAUUCUGGUGAGCAACCUGCAGGGUGAAUAUACAACGCCCAUUCAUGAGAACCUCAAUAAGGUGGACAGCAUUGCUCUGGAUCCGGCAAAUGGCAAAAUGUAUUGGAUACAUUCGUCGCAGGAAAACAAAUUGUGGCAACUCGAACAAUCGAAUCUCGAUGGCUCCGCACGCCAAGUCAUCCAUGAGCAGAACAACACAAUACAGAGUCUGACCAUGGAUUUUGAAUCACAGCGCGUGUAUUAUGCGUACGAUAAUUCGGGUAUUGCAUACUACGAUAUACCCAAAAAUGAGACGCAUCUGGUGCUGGUGUCCAGCGUGAUUACAGCGAUCAGUUCGCUCACCGUCUACAAUGGCACACUCUAUUUUCCCGAGAACAUCCAGAGCGCCAUCAUGCACUGCGAGAAGGAGGCGUGCCAAAAUUUGUCCUAUCUUCGAGUCAAUACAAAGAGCGUUCAGAGCAUAAAAAUGUUCUACGCCGAGGCCCAAACUGGCACCAACACCUGUGCUGGACCAUUGCGCGGUGGCUGCGAACAGCUUUGCCUGGCCACAUCGGCCACAGAUCAUGUGUGUCGCUGUGCACUGGGUUACGAUGUGGAGCCGAAUAAUCCCACACGUUGCAUUGCACGCGCCGAGUUCAUAUUCUAUUCCAUCGAUGUGCUGCAGGGCGUAGAGAUGAUUGAUCCCACAGAGCAGUUUGAGCCACCCAAGCAGGCUCUUUUGCCCAUACCACGCGUCAGCUUGGCCAACUAUAUUGAGUACCAUGCGGACACGGAUAUGCUGUAUUGGGGCGACAAUGAUCUGGGCACAAUUACGCGAGUGCGACGCGAUGGCACGCAGCGAAAGACCAUAUUGGAAGCCAUCAAUUUGGCUGGCUACAAACAACACGAUUGGCUCGGUGGCAUUGCCAUCGAUUGGAUCGCUGGCAACAUCUACUGGAGCGAUGCCAAGCGUAAUGUGAUUGAGGUGGCUCGCCUCGAUGGUAGCCAUCGCUAUGUGGUCGUCUCGCAUGUGGAGAAACCCAGUGUGCUGGCUGUGGAUCCGUUGCAGGGACUGCUCUUCUAUGCCAGCCAAAAUCAUAUAGGACGCACCGGCCUCGAUGGCAGCCAACCAUUUGUGCUGGUCAAUCAAACGCAUCCCAGCUGGGCUGUGAACAGUCUGAUUGUGGACAUGGAUGCCACCAAGGUGUACUGGUGCGAAAGGUAUCCAGAUGCCAUCAUGAAGGUGGACUACGAUGGCAAUCUGCGUGAGAUGCUCUUGAAUGAUACGCAAAGCAAACCUGUUGCUCUGGCCAUGCUUGGAGAUUACAUCUACUGGGCGGAGAACAAAUACAAUGAGGGUUCCAUAAAGGUGGCACCGCUCACCAAUCUAUCCAACUCACGGCUCAUACUCAAGACCAAAGAGGAUGCCAUCAAUGAUCUCAAGAUCUACUCAAAGCGUGUGCAACAUGGCACCAAUCCUUGUGCCCAAAGCAAUGGUGGCUGCGAGCAGUUGUGCCUCUUCAACGGCACCAGCGCCAUUUGUGCCUGUUCCCACAGUCGCCUGGCAGCGGAUGGCGUCAGUUGUGAGCCCUACGACAACUUUCUGCUCUUCAGCUAUCGCAGCAACAUCGAGAGCAUCCACAUGACGGAGCACGCAAACAAGAACUGGCCGGUGCAGAUCAUAACGAAUGCCACCUUGAUGCGCAACGUGAUUGCCAUCAGCUACAACUACGAGGAGCAGUUAGUUUACUACUCGGAUGUGCUACAGAGCACCAUCAAUCAAGUGCACUUCAAUGGCACCGGCCAGCGAGUGCUGGUCACGCAGCAGAAACGUGUCGAGGGCUUAGCCUACGACAUGGUCAACGAGCAGCUCUUCUGGACAUCCAACAACGAUGCAGCCAUACGCAGCUUGGAGCUGGUGCAUCUUACGCCGUCGGCUGAAAAGAAUUUAGAGCAUGUGAACAAUGUGCUCAGUCUGCACAGCAAGGACAAACCACGAGGCAUUGCAGUUGAACCCUGCUUGGGCAUGAUCUAUUGGACCAACUGGAACGAACAAUCGCCGAGUAUACAACGUGCGUAUCUGACGGGCUAUGGCGUGGAGCGCAUUAUACACACGGAUAUCAAGAUGCCGAAUGCGCUGACGCUCGAUUUGGAGCAGCAGCAGCUUUAUUGGGCCGACGCGCGGCUGGACAAGAUCGAGCAUGCGAACUACGAUGGCACCAAUCGUGUUGUGUUGGCGCACACAACGCCCAAGCAUGCCUUUGCCAUGGCCGUGUACGGGGAUCUGUUGUUCUGGACCGAUUGGGUGUUGCAUGCGGUUGUGCGUGCCAAUAAGUACACCGGCCAGGAUGUGCUCUUCCUGCGCGAACAAGUUCCCCAGCCUAUGGGCAUCAUUGCGGUGCAGAACAGCAGCAUUAACUGCGAUGCGAAUCAGUGCAAGAUACUCAACGGCCUCUGUGAGGAUGUCUGCAUUCUGAACAAGGACGGACUGGCCAAAUGCCACUGCACUCAAGGCGUGCUUGCACCCGAUGGACGUCGGUGCAUUGCCGCCGCGCACACGAAUUGCGGCAAGUCGCAGUACAAUUGUCAUUCGGGCGAGUGCAUUCCACUGGAGCUGACCUGCGACAAUGUAACGCACUGUCUGGAUGGCAGCGAUGAGCUGCGCAACUAUUGUGUGAUCCGCCAGUGUCCGGAUAGUCACUUCAUGUGCCAGAAUCAUCGUUGCAUUGCACUCGAUCAGACCUGCGAUGGCAUUCAACAGUGCGGCGAUGGCAGCGAUGAGUCUCCCCUGCGCUGCAAGUGCCAGGCCGAUCAGUUCCGUUGCGGCAGCGGAGAGUGCAUCUCGCGGCACUUUAUGUGCGACAACAUGCGCGAUUGUCGCGACUUCAGCGAUGAGAAGCACUGCACCCAACGGACUUGUGAGCAGGGCGACACUUUGUUCGAACACUGCGCGAAUAGCACCAUUUGCAUCAUGCCCAGCUGGCGCUGCGAUGGCGAAAAGGAUUGUCCCGACGGCACCGAUGAGGUAGGAUGUCAAAUCGCGAAUCGAACCUGCGCCGUGGGUCAGUUCCGUUGUGCGAAUGGACGCUGCAUUGCGAGUGCCUGGCGCUGUGAUGGUGAGAAUGAUUGCAUGGACGAGGUUGGCGAGAUGGGCAGCGAUGAGUUGAACUGUCGCCUCAGCUGUCAGGUUAAUCAGUUUGCCUGUGAUCACAGCUGCAUACCCAGCAGCUGGCAGUGCGAUGGCAAAAGCGAUUGCGCAGAUGGCAGCGAUGAGGGUCCGCAGUGCCCCAGUCGUCCUUGUCGGGCGCAUUUGUUCCAGUGCAAGAGCUCGGGUCGUUGCAUACCCCAGAAGUGGGUGUGCGAUGGCGAGCCCGAUUGCCCUAGCAGUGGGGAUCAAGGCGGCGAGGAUGAGGGUUCCCAGUGUGGCGGUGUUACGCACAUUCCCGACUGCCAGCCACCCGCUUUUCUAUGCUCCAGUGGCCUUUGCAUCGAUUCGCAUUACGUGUGCGAUGGCGACGAGGAUUGUCCGGGUGGUGACGAUGAGUACGAAGGCUGUGAGCCCGCCUAUCCGCCGCACGCCUGUCCUGGGGGCGCACAGAUGCACGAGUGCCACGACGGCAGCUGCGUCUUCAAGAAUCAGACGUGCAACGGCAAACCGGACUGCGCUGAUGGCUCCGAUGAGUUGGACUCGCUCUGCGCCCACACCCGCACCUGCAAUGGCACCAACGAUUUCCGCUGCAAGAAUGGCGCAUGCAUCAGUGCGGAUCUGUUGUGUGACAGGCGCAACGACUGCGCCGACUACUCAGAUGAGGCGCUGUGCAAUAUGAAUGAGUGCUUAAUACCGGAUAUCUGUGAGCACGAAUGCAUCGACAAGGUGGUGGGCUAUGAGUGCCGUUGUCUGCCCGGCUUUAGACUGUUGCCGGGCAGCACGCAUCUCUGCACGGACAUCGACGAGUGCGACGAGCAGCAGCCGUGCUCGCAGACCUGUAUCAAUACCCAUGGAUCGUACAAGUGUCUGUGCGCCAAGGGCUACGAGCUGCGGGAUCAUCAUACAUGCAAAUCAACGAGCAAUGUGACCAUGAAACUGAUAUUUUCCAAUCGCUAUUACAUACGGCAGGUGAAUCACACGGGCAACGGUUCCAUAUUGAUACACUCGCUGUCCAAUGCUGUCGCUUUGGACUUUGAUUGGGAUAGUCAAUGUCUGUAUUGGUCGGAUGUGACCAGCACUGUGGGCACCAUCAAGCGACACUGUCUGGUAGAGAACAAGACACAAACGCUGCAUCAGGCAAUGCUCAAGAAUCCCGAUGGCCUGGCUGUCGAUUGGGUGGCCAAGAAUCUGUACUGGUGCGAUAAGGGAUUGGAUACCAUUGAGGUCUCGCAGCUGGAUGGCAGGUACAGGCGUGUGCUGAUCAACGAGCAGCUGCGCGAGCCUCGUGGCAUUGCCUUGGAUCCGUAUCAUCGUAAUAUUUACUGGUCCGACUGGGGUGACAAUCCGCACAUUGGCAAGGCGGGCAUGGAUGGCUCACAGCCCCGGAUGAUCAUACGCGAGAAUCUGGGCUGGCCAAAUGCGCUGACCAUCAGCUUUGAGACGCAGCAGCUGUUCUGGGGCGAUGCUCGCGAAGAUACGAUAUCUGUAAGCGAUCUCGAUGGCAACCACACACGUUUGCUGCUGUCGCGCAGCAUCAAUCCGCAGAUCAAUCUGCAUCACAUCUUUGCCAUUGCCGUGUGGGAGGAUCGCAUCUACUGGUCCGACUGGGAGACCAAAUCUAUUGAGUACUGCAGUCGCUUCGAUAGUCGCAACUGCUCUACCCUGAUCACCACCAUACAUCGACCCAUGGACUUGCGUGUCUAUCAUCCGUAUCGUCAGCAGCAGCCCAUCAGCGGUAAUCCUUGCCUGAAGGCCAACUGCUCAACCCUGUGCCUCCUCUCUCCCGAGGAGCCCUACUACAAGUGUGCCUGUCCCAACAACUUUGUGCUCGCCGACGAUGGACGCACGUGUCGGGCCAACUGCACGGCGGCGCACUUCGAGUGCAUCAACACCUACAAGUGCAUUCCCUUCUAUUGGCGAUGCGACACGCAGGACGAUUGUGGAGAUGGCAGCGAUGAACCGGACUCCUGUCCGCCCUUCCACUGUGAACCGGGACAGUAUCAGUGUGGCAACAAGAAGUGCAUUCAUCCCUCAGCCAUCUGUGAUGGCGCCAAUCAGUGUGGUGACAACACCGAUGAGCUCAACUGCGAUAAGUUCACCUGCUUUGAGAAUCAUCUGAAGUGCGAGGCAACGGCAAACAGCUCGGCCUUCUGUGUGGAUAGUGUGAAGCGUUGCGAUGGCGUUCAGGAUUGUCCCGGUGGCGAGGAUGAGGCUGGCUGCACUCCGCUCGUCUGCAAGAAGGAUCAGUUCCAGUGCAGCAACAAUCGCUGCAUGCCUUACGUUUGGGUCUGCGAUGGUGACAUCGAUUGUGCCGACAAAUCCGACGAGGCCAAUUGCGAUCAUGUUUCCUGCGGACCCAAUGACUUCCAAUGCAAUUCAGGUCGCUGCAUACCUUUGGCUUGGCGCUGUGACGAUGAGGAGGAUUGUCCCAAUGGGGAGGACGAACCGCCCAGCUGCCACACCUCCAAGGCCACCUGUGAUCCCACCUACUUCAAGUGCAACAACUCCAAGUGCAUUCCCGGCCGUUGGCGCUGCGAUUACGAAAACGAUUGUGGCGAUGGCAGCGAUGAGCUCAACUGCCAAAUGCGCAACUGUUCCGAGAGCGAGUUCCGCUGUGGCACUGGCAAGUGCAUCAAGCAUGACUUCCGCUGCGAUGGUGAAAUCCAUUGCGACGACAGCAGCGACGAGAUCAACUGCAACAUCACCUGCAAGCCCAAUCAAUUCAAAUGCGCCGCCUUUAACACCUGCAUUAACAAGCAAUAUCAAUGCGAUGGCGAUGACGACUGUCCCGAUGGCUCCGAUGAGGUCAACUGCACAUGUCCGCCGGAUCACUUUAGCUGCGGCAAUGGCAAGUGUAUAAUGUCCCGCUGGAAAUGCGAUGGCUGGGACGAUUGUCUGGAUGGCAGUGAUGAGAGCUUUGCAACCUGUGCCCACGUUCAUUGUCAUUACAAUGCCUUCAAGUGCGCCAAUCUCUUGUGCAUACGCAAGUCAGCGCUCUGUGAUGGAGUCAAUGAUUGUGGCAACAAUGAGGACGAAUCGGAUCAGGUGUGCGCUGCGUUGCCCAAGUGCCGACAUGAUCAGUUCCAAUGUGAGAACAAUGACUGUAUCUCGAAGAACUUCCGCUGCGAUGGGCAGUACAAUUGUGUCGAUGGCUCCGAUGAGACGAAUUGCCAGCCACCGGUUUGUGGCUUUGGCACUUGUUCGCAGAUUUGCAUUGAGAAGAAGGCGGGUCACUAUAAUUGCAAGUGCACGGCUGGCUAUCACAAGGGCAUACCGAAGAAUGCGACUUGCUUGGCCUCGGGACCCGAUCAAAUACUGCUGCUGGCCUCGGAGCAAGAGUUCCGUUUCAUACUGCCCGCCAAGCAGGAGGGCACAACUGUGGUGGGUUUCUUCCAAACGGAUAGCUUAAAGAUCGAUGUGUUCGACAUACUCAUCCGGCCGAAGGAUACGCUGCUCUUCUGGAUUGACUCGCAUCACGGCAAGGUGCACACCAUGAAGAUUGCCACGCCCCACGUCGAAGGUGUGGGCGUAAGAGUGCGUCGCGAUCUCAAGGAACUAACUGCCUUUAAUAUUCCCGAUCUGGAUGAUCCCAAGUCUCUGGCUGUGGAUUGGAUCACACAAAUGGUGUACAUCAUUGAUUCGCGUCACAACGAGAUUAUUGCCACCGACAUUGAGGGCAAGAAAUACAUUUCACUCGUCUCCACGGGCAUGAAUCCCACGGACAUUGUGCUGGAGCCGGAAUCGCGUGUGAUGAUUUGGUCCACGCUGGAGAAUGGUAUAUUGGUGGCUUCGCUGGAUGGCAGCAACAAGAAGAGCCUUGUGGAACGUGAUGUUGGCUGGCCAAUUAGUCUUUCGAUUGACUAUCCCACGGGUCGCUUGUAUUGGGCCGAUUACCGCAAGGGCACAAUUGAAACGUGCCGUCUCAAUGGCAAAGAUCGCAAUGUUGUGCGUCGCUUUGGCACUCGCGAGAAACCACAGAAGAUUGACGUCUUUGAGGAUUAUCUGUACAUCAAGCUGUACGAUCAGAGCAUCAUCAAGAUGAACAAGUUUGGUAAUGACAACGGCACCUAUUUGCUUAAGGGAUAUCGCUCCUCGGACAUUGGCAUACUGCAUCCCAUGAAACAGAAUCGCAACAUCAGCAAUCCUUGUGCCAAGGAACCUUGCAAGGGAUCCCCAGCGCUCUGCAUACUCUCGACGGAAUCUGCCACUGGCUACACCUGCAAGUGUCCCAACGAGUAUGUGAUGACCGACGAAGGUAUUUGCAAGUCACACGCCGAGAUACCCAACUACUGUCCACUCAUGUGCAACCUGGGUACUUGUCAGCUGGUGAAUCAUGUGCCCAAAUGCAUUUGUCAACCCCAGUUUGAGGGCGAACUUUGCGAACAUUAUCGCUGCUCUGGAUACUGCAUGAACUAUGGCCACUGCACGGUGGCGCCACAGCUGCCAGGAUUGCAGGAGCCACCGCCGCUGAAGUGCACUUGUCCGCCCAACUGGUCGGGACCGCGUUGCGAGACUUCUGUAUCGGAUUGUCAGAGUCGUUGUCACAACGGCGGCUCGUGUCUUGUGUCCGAGACGGAAGGCAUGAAGUGCAGCUGUCCAGAGAUGUAUGUGGGCGAGCAAUGCGAGCACUGUCUGAACAUGACCUGCGAGAAUGGAGGCAUCUGCCGGGAGACAUUGACCGGUGCACCACAAUGCGAAUGUCCCGAUGGCUUUACGGGCAAACGUUGCGAGUUCAAUGAGUGUGCUGACUUCUGCAAGAACGGCGGCACCUGUAGCAUUGGUGGCAAAGGACAGAGGCAAUGUAAAUGUCCCAGUGGCUACUACGGUGAACAUUGCGAAGCGAACUCGUGUCGGGACUUUUGCCAGAAUGGCGGAACCUGCAUGGAUCGUGGCCACCGCUUGACCUGCACUUGCCCCACUCGCUACAUUGGCGAUCGUUGCGAAUCGGAUCUGUGUCAGACUUCGAUGCCGCCGCGAUUCUGCGAUAUGUCACAGCUGCCACCGCGUGAUCCCUGCACUGGCAUCAUUUGCCAGAACUCUGGCACCUGUCAUGUGAUCAAGGGCGUUGCCAUAUGCAAUUGCACGGAUCAGUGGAAUGGCGAGUUUUGCCACAAGCCUGUGGGCGAUGACAAUCCCUGCGUGAAUCACUGCGCCAAUGGCGGACUCUGCCACCUAAACGAGUAUGUGAUGCCGCGCUGCACUUGCAUUGGCGAGUGGCAAGGCGAGUACUGUGAUAAGCCGCCGCAUUGUGUCGGCGAGUGCAGCGUUUGUCGUCCGGGCAGCUCCAUCAACGAAUGCUUGUGCGACAACAAGCGUGUGGUGCCCUGUUUGGGUGAGAGUGCAGAUGCGCUGAGUGGCGAACAGGAGUCGGGCAGUCUGCUCUCUGUGCUUGCGGUUAUACUGGCAAUCACCACAAUUCUCCUUGCCCUGUUUGGCGGCGCUGUUUACUUACUCAAAAAACAUCGCAUUGCGCAACCAUUCUCGCAUGCUCGACUCACGGACAACGUGGAGAUCAUGCUCACCAAUCCCAUGUAUCGUGGUGACGCCGACGAAGCGCCGCCAUUCGCACACGAAGAUGAUAAGGGCAACUUCGCCAAUCCCGUGUACGAAUCGAUGUACGCCGAUGCCAUAGCAGAGCCGGCCAGCGUGGAGAUAGCGCUGAGCACAGCUCCCGAUGAACGCAAGGGUCUGCUGCAACAUACGCACGACGAGACGCAUACACCGGACAUACUCUGAUGAUUGGGUCGUGUUAGCCAAUCGGAUCGUGAGCUGUGCUAAGCGCAGCUCAUAUCGACACACACAUACUCCAAAAUUGAUAUCCAAAAUCGAAAACGUAAUCCAAAUCCAAAACUGACUUCAACACGAACAAUGGACUGAUAGCGUAGCCAUAUUACGAAUUUUGUAAACGUUUUGUAUACAUUUUGUUCCCUUUACUUUUCUUGUUGUUGUAGAUGGGGUUAGGGGCAGGGUAAAGGGAGGGAGUGGGAAAUGGAAGGGGAGAGAAGGGGAGAUCAAGAGGGGGGCCGUCCAUCCAAAGAGCGCUUAGUCUUAUUUGCAACUCAGGCAGCUCCUUGUGCUCCAAGUGUUAUGUCCUUAAUAUUGAUGUCCUUAUACUCAUACACUCCUAAUCCUUCUUGUCAUUUCUGCUUAAGCGCCCUUUAUGUAAUUGUCGCAAAGUUUACAAAAAUUUGCCUUCCUCUUUAUAUAAUGAUUUUAAUUUUAUACAAAACAUUUUUGUGCAUUUGUAAAUUUGUGUAGUUCGUAGACUUAGUUGAAGUUCACGUACAGCUAAUGGAAAAUUUUGUAAAUAUUUUAUAAAUUUAACGCCCAGUGCGGCAGCCUAGUUAACAUUUAAAAAAAAACCAAGCACUAAAAACCCUUUGCCAAUUAGUGAAAAAUCUUAAACUAAAAACACAAAGCAAAAA